CUGCGCAAUGCCCCGCGCUGCUGGGACGUCAUCCAGCCCCUGCUCUGCGCCGUCUACAUGCCCAAGUGCGAGGAUGGGCAGGUGGAGCUGCCCAGCCAGACCCUGUGCCAGGCCACCCGGGCCCCCUGCACCAUCGUGGAGCGCGAGCGAGGCUGGCCCGACUUCCUCAAGUGCACGACCGACCGAUUCCCCGAGGGCUGCCCGAACGAGGUGCAGAACAUCAAGUUCAACAGCUCGGGGCAGUGCGAGGCGCCGCUGGUGCGCACCGACAACCCCAAGAGCUGGUACGAGGACGUGGAGGGCUGCGGCAUCCAGUGCCAGAACCCGCUGUUCACCGAGAAGGAGCACCGCGAGAUGCACGUCUACAUCGCCGCCUUCAGCUCCGUCACCAUCUUCUGCACCUUCUUCACCCUGGCCACCUUUGUCGCUGACUGGAGGAACUCCAACCGCUACCCCGCUGUCAUCCUGUUCUACAUCAACGCCUGCUUCUUCGUGGGCAGCAUCGGCUGGCUGGCGCAGUUCAUGGACGGCGCCCGUGACGAGAUCGUGUGCCGCGCCGACGGCACCAUGCGCCUGGGGGAGCCCACGUCCAACGAGACGCUCUCCUGCGUCAUCAUCUUCGUCAUCGUUUACUACUCACUGAUGUCGGGAGUCAUCUGGUUUGUCAUGCUGACCUACGCCUGGCACACCUCCUUCAAGGCCCUGGGCACCACCUACCAGCCGCUGCUGGGCAAGACCUCCUACUUCCACCUCAUCACCUGGUCCAUCCCCUUCGUCCUCACUGUGGCCAUCCUGGCCGUGGCGCAGGUGGAUGGUGACUCUGUCAGUGGCAUCUGCUUCGUGGGCUACAAGAACUACCGCUACCGAGCCGGCUUCGUCCUGGCGCCCAUCGGGCUCGUCCUCAUCGUGGGGGGCUAUUUCCUCAUCCGGGGGGUCAUGACGCUCUUCUCCAUCAAGAGCAACCACCCCGGGCUGCUGAGCGAGAAGGCGGCCAGCAAGAUCAACGAGACCAUGCUGCGCCUGGGCAUCUUUGGCUUCUUGGCCUUCGGCUUCGUCUUCAUCACCUUUGGCUGCCACUUCUACGACUUCUUCAACCAGGCAGAGUGGGAGCGCAGCUUUCGGGAAUACGUCCUGUGCGAGGCCAACGUGACCAUCGCCACGCAGACCAACAAGCCCAUCCCGGACUGCGAGAUCAAGAACCGGCCGAGCCUGCUGGUGGAGAAGAUCAACCUCUUCGCCAUGUUCGGCACCGGCGUCUCCAUGAGCACCUGGGUCUGGACCAAGGCCACUCUGCUCAUCUGGAAGCGCACCUGGUGCAGGCUGACGGGGCAGAGCGACGACCAGCCCAAGAGGAUCAAGAAGAGCAAGAUGAUCGCCAAGGCCUUCUCCAAGCGCAAGGAGCUGCUGCGGGACCCGGGCCGGGAGCUGUCCUUCAGCAUGCACACCGUGUCACACGACGGCCCUGUGGCCGGUUUAGCCUUCGACAUCAACGAGCCGUCGGCUGACGUGUCCUCGGCCUGGGCCCAGCACGUCACCAAGAUGGUGGCCAGGAGAGGGGCCAUCCUGCCCCAGGACAUCUCCGUGACACCCGUGGCAACACCUGUGCCACCGGAGGAGAGGGCCAACCUCUGGAUCGUGGAAGCCGACAUCUCCCCCGAGCUGCAGAAGCGCAGCAGCCGCAAGAAGAAGCGGAGGAAGAAGAAGAAGGAGGUGGACCCAGGCCCCGAGCGCUGCCUGGGGGGCUCCACGGCCCCCCUGGCCCCCAGCACCGUCCCUCGCCUGCCCCGCCUGCCCCCCCAGCCCUGCCUGGUGGCCUUCGCCCCCGACGUCCUCCCGGGGCUCCCGCCCGGCCGGCCCGACGCCACCUUCUCCGGGGUGCCAUGGGAUGGGCACCGCAGAGCCAACGUCUUCCACCUCAUCAGCAACCCCUUCUGCCCCGAGGGCGGGGCCCUGGAGGAGGAGAGCCCCGGGCGCUGGCAGCACAACGGGGGCCCGCUCUGGGCCCCCAACCCCGGGGGGCCGAGGACUCAGGGCCGCCGGGCCGGGCUGGCCCCCAUCCACUCCCGGACCAACCUGGUGGACGCGGAGCUGCUGGACCCCGACUCGGACUUCUGAACCCAUCCAGGCGUUGUGAGGGGAUGGGUGAGACCCCAAAGCUCGGCCAGCACUGGCAGCCUGCGAGGGGACACCAGAACCCAGCUCAUCCCACCAGGAUCCAUCCCGAGCAUCCCGGCACGGCCCAGUUCUCCCAUCGGAGCAGGUAUUUCUCCCUCCAUCACCCAGACUUGGUGCACGCCCCAGCCCGGCAAGAAAGGUUUUGGGGUUCCCUUCAGCAUCACUGGGAGAAGAGAAACAGGCUGUCAGUGGAACAGCUUCCCCCCAGCUCCUGCAGGGAUUUAAGGACAAUGGGGACGCUCCCUUUGCAGGGGACUGGUGGGACCAGCGGCGGGCAAGCGUAGAUCAGGGUAGGUUUUGGGGAGCUUCGUCCCACAGCUCUGCCCCACCCACAGCUAGAGGUACGUAGAGCUCACAGACGCUUGUGCCAAUAGGGAUUUUUGUGUUAAAUGUCUUAUUUUUUAUUCUUUGUACGGGACUCUGGGCACGGCUCCGCUUGGGCGCUGCAGCCGGGAGCGGGUGAGCCCAGUCAUGAGGCGACAGCAGCCUCAUCCCUGGGGUGCACCCCUUUUUCUGGGCCCACUCCUCUUCCUUCAGGGGUCCCAAAGUGCCUUCCAGCUUCCCAGAGAGCUGAGCCAGACCCAAAGCAGAGGGUCGGUGGGAGAUGGGAAGUGCCUUGGGGUGCACAGGCGCUCCCCGAGCCACGGUGCAAAAAAACCCCCAAAAAACUUUGAAACCUCGGGGUCUCCAACCCCCUGAGCAAACUUUUUUAUUAUUUUUUUAAGAAAAAAAAAAAAACAUCCCAAGUUACAGGGAACCUGGCUGAGCCCCGAGGUAGGAGGACUCCGGUCCCUGCUGGUGUUUGUAUCUGCCCGUUAUCCCUGUUCCCGUUUUUAUCAGGUCCCAGUAGGCUCCUGGACUUCUCGCUGUCCCAGUGACCUCCACGGGUUCUUUUUUUUGCUGUGUAAAGGAAAACCCUCCUGUAUCAGUAUUAAAUUUACCAAGUUUUCAUUCCCA